AUGAGAAAAAAUCUCCAGCACCGCACGGUUCCUCCGAACCACACGAGGGUUGUCCAGAACAUCCGUCUACAGCGCCUUCUACUGCACCUUCCCACGGUCAAUCACAGGAUGAAGCUGCUCAAGCGUUCAAGGUGA